AUGUUGAUAUACAACCGAAAUAUAUUCAGUCUCAAGUUUGUAUUUUUUGCAUCUGUAAUAUUCGUCAGUGCUAUUUUCAUUGAAAUCAAGUAUGACGUUCUGCACCAAGUAAAAGAUGUUACGAAAGGAAUUUAUCUACUGAACAAUUUCAUAAACGAUAAUGAUUUAUCUAAUAUGAAGGAAGAAAUGCGUGACAAAAUGUUCAUUGACGCCAUUUCCAUGUAUGCCAAGACAAUCCCAAAAAGAUUUAGCAACGAAACCGAAUUGAAAUUUAUUAUUUUAGCUGUGACUGACAAUUCUUUUUUUGACAUGGCUUUAAAUCUUUAUUUAACAAGUUUCAAGAAAUUUAAAAUCAUCAAUUUCCUCUUUGUGGGAAUAGGAAAAACUGCCUGUAAAAAUUUUUUAAAAAUGAAUGUUCAGUGUUUUUAUUUCACUGAAACAUCCGGUUCCAAUAACACAGCAGACUUUGGAUCUAAACAAUUUCAACAAAAGGUGAAUAUCAGAACUGAGAUGAUCUUAAAAGCAUUAAAAGCUGAUUUUUCCGUUCUCCACACAGAUGUAGAUGUAACGUUCUUGGAUAACCCCAUACCUUAUAUCGAAAGUAAAGCCAUGAAAAUUCAGAAUGUAGCAUUUCAAUCUGACAUCAUUUCCUAUAACUCAGGCUUCUUAAUCAUAAAGCCUACGAAUUUUUCAAUAGAGCUAUACACGCUCACGCGCGAUGUCGCAAACAAAUCAAGAUCAAUAGAUGACCAGGAAUCUCUCAACUUAGCAAUCAAAGUAAUGCAAUCUAAGUACAAAUCAAACCCAGAAAUCAGCUCUAUAGACAUUUUUGAUAAAACAAAAAUUUUAUGUGGCAAAUGUUAUUUUGAAGAGGUUGAUCGGAAUUUUCCUACUAAAAAUGGUUCAAAUGGCUGUCCCGGUUGUUUAGUAAUGCACAACAAUUGGAUAAAAACACAUGCAGCUAAAGUUUAUCGUUUCAAAGAAAUUUUAUUAUGGUUUGUGGACAAAGGUGGAUAUUAUUCAGAUAGAAAUAGAAAAUAUUUACUGUACAACAAUCCGUUUUUCAGUUUUCCGCCUGUCAAUUAUACAACUGAUCGCGAGGAAUUGAAUGCGUUAAAAACUGGGUUUGCAUUGGCUCAGAUGUUGAACAGAACAUUAAUUAUCCCAAGGUUUCACUGCCGUGGAGCAAAGAACCCAUAUGAAUGUUCUUUAAUACACUGGAUAAACGUCAAAUCAUUUGAUAUGUUUUUUGAAUAUCGUGAAAACAGUUUUCUUUCAAAUCCCCUAGUUCCAGAAAAUAUUCGAAAAAACCUCAGCCAAACUUGUCCUUAUGGAAAGAAUCAAAAUAAAAAUUUAAACAAUUUAAAUGUUUGCACUCCACCAUUGAAAAACUUUACAACCGAAUGUCUGGAGCCAGUUUGGAUUUUAAUUGAUUCGAAAAAAAGCGUACCUUAUAAUGAUUUAAUUCGAGAUUCUUAUGAUAGAGUGGUGACUAUAAAUUUAAAAAAUUAUACGCAAAUCCCAGAGCAAGAAAUUUUAAAAAAAUUUGGUAAAUGUGAUGAUGGUGUUUUGCACGUCGUUUCUCUAAUCGGAGUUGAAGUGACUUUUGACAACAUUACUAAAAAUAAUGAAUUUGAGACAAAAAUUAGAAGUGGAUUUCUAAGAAAUGGAUACAUGCAGCUUUAG